UCCACACAGUAGUACUGAGAAAGAAGACCUUCUAGAUUAGUAUUUGAGAAUAGAUUAUCUAUAAACUGCAUCACUUUUUUAAAUGGCAAAGGUUUUAAUCAUAGCUACUUUCAGAACACAGAUUGACUUCUGACGGCAGCUCCCAGAGCCCGACCUUGUCACAGGCUUUUGAGACGUCACAUUGCAUGUUUGGGAGAGAAAAUGAACCUUCUGAUCCACCCGUAAACAUAAGAAAAAUAUAAAUACAGCACACCGCUGUAAAAAAACAAAACAAAACAAACAAAAAAACCAGUGUAUCGGUUAUAUUCUGGAAUGGUACAACUGCACCCCCUGCAGGUAAAAUUGAGCAUUGUUUGUUUGGAGAGUUCAUAAAAAUCAGACUUUGAUCGACUUGGUGGGACUUCCGUUGGGCCUUAUCAAAAAAAGUAUCCUUAAUGUAACUGCUCCUGGUGAAUUUAAAUGAUUCCGAGGUAUAAGUAAAAGCAAUUUUAACUGUAAGCAGAGAAUCACAUUAGGUCUAGGACUGGAGUCUUGUUUAAAACACCAGUAGUAUACUGUUAACGUUGUGCAAUAUGGCGAACUCUGAAAAUACUGGGGAAAUACGCAAGCAAAGUGAUGAUGAAGGGCUUGUGAAGCACACAGGAGGCUGCCACUGUGGCGCGGUCCGAUUCCAGGUGUGGGCUUUGCCAGAUUUGCACGUCUUCAGCUGCAGCUGCAGCAUUUGCACCAAGAAACAGAACCAUCAUUUCAUUGUUCCAGCUUCAAGGUUCAGUCUGUUACAGGGAGCUGAGAGUUUAACCACGUACACAUUUAACACCCACAUUGCCAAACACAUGUUCUGCAAGACAUGUGGAGUGCAGAGCUUCUACAAGCCUCGAUCCAACCCUGAUGGAUAUGGUGUAAUGCCCCACUGCCUGGAUGAGGGCACAGUGCGGAGUGUCAGACUGGAGGAGUUCAAUGGAAAGGAGUGGGAGAAUGCCAUGGGACAGCACCAGACCAUCAGGAGCAUGUCUAAGGCCUGAAGUGAAUGUGUGAAAUGUGUUGUAGUGGACCCAGUGCCCCCUCUGUGGGCAAUCUCUCAGAGAAUUCACUGAUUGAAUGAGCAGGGAGACUGAACCGCACUCUCACUGCCAGUCUUACCCUUUUCGUACCUUUGGGAAAUCUGAAAUAAAGGCAUUUUAAAGUGUAAUUCUGCUAAAAAUCGGAACAUGAUGGUAAUGAUGAUGACAAUGACAGAUUUUAAAAUACAAGAGGAAUCAGAAAUACUUAUUUCUUGUCAGACCUGGUAGCUGUGGAUUAAGAAAUGCUAUAAAAAUGCUUCAACUCUGA